CCCGCCCCCACAGCAAUGCUGUUUGUGGGCGGAGCUGCUCGCUGUCGCCACUAUCGUACGGGUCACCUAUUGGCCGGGGCACAGUGGGCGGGGCGGAGCGGGGCGUCACGUGCAUGGGUGGUACGCAGCAGUGCAAUAAUGCUUGUGUGUUGGCUGGUGAGGAAAGAUAAAUGCUGUCCAAGAAUCAAGCUGCCUCACUUAGAAACAGUAGUGAUAGGGCGCGGCCCAGAGACAGAGAUAACAGACAAGAAAUGUUCGCGGCAGCAGGUACAACUAAAAGCAGACUGUAAUAAAGGCUAUGUCUGGAUCAAACAGAUAGGUGUGAAUCCAGCCAGCAUUGAUUUAGUGAAUAUUGGCAAAGAUGAAGAAGUGAAAAUGAAGCCAGGGCAGGUUCUGCAUAUUGUGAAUAAACUUUACCCCUGUACUAUACAAUUCUUGGAAGAAGCAGGAGAUCCUGGAACAGUGUCACAGGGGAGGUUAAAAGCUGAGAAGAGGUCAUCUGAAGACUCUAGGAAUGGUAACACAGAAAAUGGGUCUGCCAAAAGUAUGAAAAUGGCGGCAUCGGAUUUGGAAGAUACUAACAAGUCGGGCAGUGUUGGAAGUUCUGUUACGUCUCCAUCAGCAAGCUCUCUAAGCAAAAAAGAGUAUAUAGGACAUUGGAGUCAAGGCCUGAAGGUAUCAAUGCAAGAUCUAAAACAGCAGGUCUACAAAGAUGAAAGGGUUGUAGCAAUUAAGGACAAGUAUCCCAAAGCUCGUUACCACUGGCUCAUCUUACCUUGGGACUCCAUCUCCAGUUUAAAAUCUGUGACAAAAGAGCAUCUUGCACUACUGGAACACAUGCAUGCCAUUGGUGAAAAGUUGGUCCACCAGUGUCCUGAGAGAGAGAGCUUACAGUUCAGGCUGGGUUACCAUGCUAUUCCCAGCAUGAGUCACAUACAUCUGCAUGUAAUCAGCCAGGAUUUUGAUUCUCCUUGCCUUAAAACCAAAAAGCACUGGAAUUCUUUUACCACAGAAUACUUCUUGAACUCCCAAGAUGUGAUAGAGAUGAUAAAGACCAAAGGAAAAGUGCUGGUGAGUGGUGGAACUUCUGAACUCCUCAAGUUGCCCCUCAAAUGCCAUGUAUGUAGGCAACCUCAAUCAACCAUCCCACAGUUAAAGGAACAUCUCAAGAAGCAUUGGCCAAACUGACUUAGAUCUGGAAUUCUGCGUUCUUUUACAGUUCUUGGAAAAGUUCCAGUAAGCACACUCAACACCUCCUUAUAAUGAGGUUUUACAAGAAUUAAAGUAAAUUAAUAUCUAUUCAUUAGAUAGGCUAUUGGGCUAGGAUUGUACCUGAAUGGAAGUCUCAAACUGUUUUACUUGGGUAAAUCAGGAUUAUUCUGAUUCAAGAGGCAGUUUAGUGCUUACAAUAGGUUUGUGUUAGACUCUAAGGGGGAAAUAUUCAGAAUAUGGUGUGGAAACAUCUUCCUUUUGUUAAGUGAUAUUGACACCUGAUUCUUUCUUUCUUUGUUGAUGAUUUGCUGACAUUGAUAUCAACAAAAAUACCCUUGCUUAGACUGUAAUAUCCAUUCAAAUGAAAUGACUAAUAAACUUCCUUUAAAACCUUC